AUGUUUGGAUCAUCCUGCGUGAAUGGUGUUUGUCAAUGUCCAUUUGGUACUGCAACUGAAUCGGGAAUUUGUAUCGCAGUUAAGAUUGUACCUGCCGGUUCGAAGUGUUCAAAGUCUCGUCUUUGCUUCGGUAUCUCCUCAUGUGAAAAUGGCUUCUGCCAAUGUCCAAAAGGCAUGUUCGUUAAGGUGAGUGCGUAA